AUACGAUCUAUAUCAUCAGUAGCUGCAAAUAUUUCCUCAAACUGUGUUUGAUACUGUGCAAUAAAGUGAAAGAAUAUUAGCAAAAUGAAAGUUAUUUGUAUUCUUUGCAUCUGUGUUUUAGGAUUUAUUGUCGUCUUAGCACAAUCUGAAUUAAAGCAACAAUUAAAAAAUGCAGUAACAUCUAAUAUCCGGGACGAGAUUCUGACUUGUUUGACGGAAAAUAAUCUAACAGUUGAUAAUUUUUAUAAUGAGAUACAAAUAAUGAUUGGCGUGCAUGCAAGAUCCGAAAAUGAAGAAAAGACAAGAAAUCAUGGUUGUGCCAUCGCAUGUGUAUUAAAAAAAAGUGAUGUGAUGGAAAAUUCAAAUAUUGAUGAAAGGAAACUCCAUGUAAAAAUAAAUCAACUAAUAUCUGACUCUUCUCCUCACCAAGUAAGAAUACACAAAAUUGCACGCGAUUGCAUAAAAGAAGUAAAAAAUAUUACGGAAGAAUGUGAAAAAUGCUUUUCGCUAUUUACUUGUGUUAUAAAAACUGCACAUAAAUUGGAGAAACAUGAAGAACAUGUAAGAACAGCAACAGAAGGAAAUGAAGAAGCAGAGCAUGAAGAACAUGAAAAAGCAGAAACAGAGGAAAAUACAGAAACAGUAUAAACUGUCUGAAUAUAAUUAAUGAAACAUUAUCUAUAUUACUUUAUCAAUGUAAACUUGUAACAAAUCAAUUUAAAUAAAAAAAUAUGUUUUCUUCUUAUGUUA